AUUCUCUUCAGUGACGGAUGGAAGUUUCGUUCGUUCGUUGUAUCGAUUUUUUGAGUGAAGUGAACUAGUGUUCGUUUCCUUUAGUUUUGUGACGUUUGUUAAGAAAAUAUCUGUGAAUGGGAUUGUGUAAUAAGAUAAAACCUUUAUUUGGUGUGUGAUUUUCUGUAAAGGAUGACGAAGGACAGGUUAGCGGCGCUACAAGCGGCGCAAAGUGAUGACGACGAUGUCGGGCCAGACGAUGUUAACGUCCCCGUUGAAGGCGGCUACAUGGAUGAAUUCUUCAGUGAGGUUGAAGAGAUACGGGAGAUGAUAGAUAAGAUUCAGGCCAAUGUCGAAGAGGUGAAGAAAAAGCACAGUGCCAUUUUAUCGGCGCCGCAAUCAGAUGAAAAGACAAAGCAUGAGUUAGAAGAUCUCAUGGCUGAUAUCAAGAAAACUGCCAACAAAGUUAGAGGAAAAUUAAAACACAUAGAGCAGAACAUCGAACAAGAGGAGCACUCGAACAAAUCGUCAGCGGACCUGAGGAUAAGAAAGACGCAGCACUCGACGCUGUCGCGCAAGUUCGUCGAAGUGAUGACGGAGUACAACCGCACGCAGACGGACUACCGGGAUCGGUGCAAAAACCGGAUACUGCGACAGCUGGAGAUCACCGGCCGCGCGACCACCGACGACGAGCUGGAGGCCAUGCUGGAGCAGGACAACCCGGCUGUAUUCACUCAAGGGAUUAUAAUGGAGACGCAGCAAGCUAAGCAAACGCUGGCGGACAUAGAGGCGCGACAUGCGGACAUCAUCAAGCUCGAGACGUCGAUCCGGGAGCUUCACGACAUGUUCAUGGACAUGGCCAUGCUCGUCGAGAGUCAGGGUGAGAUGAUCGACCGCAUUGAAUAUCAUGUAGAGCACGCUGUGGACUAUGUCCAAACUGCCACACAGGAUACAAAGAAGGCCCUAAAAUAUCAGAGCAAAGCUCGACGGAAGAAGAUCAUGAUCCUAGUGUGCCUGCUAAUUCUGGGUUUCGUCGUCGUCGGCUACGUGUCGAGCUACUUCAUGUGAGAGGCACGCGCCCGCGCCCGCGCACGCGCCCGCCGCCCGCUCAAGGACCGUCAGAUCGAGAAGCUACGUGUUCGGUGCCUGCGAAUCACUCGCCACACAUUUAUCAGAGCUCCUCAUUAUUUAACGUUAUUUAUCUCGUGUUAUAUGUUAUAUAUAAGAUUUCAAUUAAAUUCCAUUAUUCAUUGGAAUAUUCUUAUAACCCCAUGGGGACGUUAGUCGUUAUGAAUUUAAUAACUAAAACGAUCUGUAUUAUUAUUAUAUAUCGGCCCUUAACGUUCAAUCUAUGUAAGUGUCGCUGAAUAUAAUACCCACAUACAAGAAUAUUGUAACCUUUUUUAUUUAUAUUUCUAGUCACAAAUCAAUUUAUAUUUUUCAUAUUUCUUGUUUAUGAUGUUGUUUUAAAUCAAUUCAUUUUAUAAAUUACACAAAAAUAAUCAAAGGAUAUGUUAAUCUAUAGGAAUAAAAAGGGUUACAAUAAAUUUGUUGCGAUAUUUAAUAAAAAUUAUUUAAUGACAUUUUGAUUAUUAUGUAGUACGUCAUAACUUAUUACUACGUAGUUCCUGCAUAAAGAUUACAUAUUAUAUAAAAUUAACGCUAAAUUCUCAUGUAAUAAUCACAGUACAGAAAAUAUAGCAAUAUUGUAACAGUCUUAAAAUGUGUUCUGUAAUUUAUAUCAUGUGAUACCUUAGCUAAUCUAUAUGUAACGCUUCAACACCACAUAUGAUCGGUGUGAUAUCGACAUAAUAUCAUACAUGUGAUACAUACAUUUAAACUUCAAUCGAUUUCUAAAAAGUUAUUAAUAGGUCUGUUUUUGAAAAUAUAGUAGUGAAAUAGGAUAUGCGGAGUUAGUGCCCGUGUAAGUGGUAAAGGGUUGUGCAAUGAUGAUUAUCGACGCUUCUGCGCCGUCGUACCACCACCCACGCUUGUAUCCACAGUACUGCGCGGUCCUAUUCUAUACGCUAAUCCACUAGAUAGAUAGUUCGCUGAAUUAGUCCGGAUCCCGGUCGCUAUGUCGAGCAGUUCCCGCAGUGCAGGUAUAAUCAUUAUUGCAUUAGCCCGAGUCCGGCUGCGUGUACAUACAGGCCGUUCGGUGGUCCCGGGGGCGGUGGGUGGAAAGCGAGCCCCGGGCCGUGAACGGUCGCCGAGCGUGAGGAAUGCGAACAGUACAAAUCUCGUAGUUACCACUCGUAGUACGCGGUCCGGCCACCACCGCAUGCAUAUCGCGCCGCGUGCCGUCGCCCUAGCAAUAAUGUUCGAUACAAUUUGUAAAAUUGUUUUAAACUUUCGAAUGUGUGAUAGUAGAUGCAGUUGUUGUUUAGUUAACUUUAACGUUUAAUGAUAAAUAUAAUAAUUGUUAUUGUGAGUGUAACGUUUAAUGAACAGUGAGUCUUCAUUACUAUUAAAAUAUAAUGUUCGUACAGUUUUGGCGCUUCGGUCGGAUUAGUUGAAUGGAUGGCGUGGAUCUCUUUGGUCAUACCGCCCGCAUCGUGCGGAGGUGAUGAUAUUAUUUAGUUUUCGUAAUGUUUAAGACGCCCUUCGUUGUACAGUAAGACAUAAUGUAGCCGUUUUAGCUAGGGUAAUUUUCUAAUAAAUUAUUGUCAACUUAUUACAAAGUCUUCAGCAAUAUAAAACGAUAUGUAUGUCGAGCGGUACUUGUGUUUAUAUUGUAAUAUUACACGUAGAAUAAAGCUCGAAAGUAAAGCACCAAUGUAAUAAUUGUAUUAGUAUUUUCUUAUCAUAAAUUAAUACUAGGACGGUUCGCGAUAAUGUGCAAUAAAAAGUAUCGAUAAUAAUGACAGUGUUGGCCCCGUACAUUGUCUCCAACGGCACUAAAUAUUGUCUUCGGACGAACGAGCACUCCACACCUGCCUCGUGAACCGAGCGUUCAAUCGCGUUUGUAAAGAAAGCAAUGUUAAUUUUAACAUUUUUAGCGUAGUUAGAUUUUUAUUAAGAGUAGGAUUCCCUAUAGAUGCCUUUGGAAUCGUAGAGAAAGUAAGUAAUAUAACUUUUUCUCGGUAGAUUCAUUACGAUGUCAACCGUAUUUUUCACUCGGCAGUCAAUUGUCUCGCUUGCGCCCAGCCGCCAGGCAGGGGCGGCCGCGGCUGAGGCCGGCUCUGGCUGGCCCCGCGUCUCUUGUGUAUGUGUAUCAUCGCGCUGACACUAGCUAGAUGCCUAUUUCAUUGUCUCUAGGCUAAGUGAACCGUCGGCCUCGAUGCGAGGCCGCGUACCUGACACCAAUUAAACGUUUUGUAGGGAUAGUUACUGGCAUUGCCCGCGUGCGUCCCGUCGAGUCUUCGCACAAGUAUAUCAAACGCGUUACGCGCGGCAGUACUACGCGAGGCGUUUGUAAUCUUAGAGUAGGCGAUAUUCUUCUAGUCAGCUUUCAAUGAUCUCUAUUAAUCUAUAUUAUCUUAAAUCGUAAUAUUGCAGCGGUAUUAUUCUGUUACUAGUAUAUAUACUGUAAGUGACGUCUUCGUGUUCAAAUAUAACCGUAUAAGACACACUCAUUGGUCUUGUUAUGUAGGAGAUUGUUAUCUUCAGAUGUCGCGAUCGCGGUCGUGCGUGCAUACAAAUAUUAUACUAUUCUUAAAUCAUAGAUAUUGUCAUAAUCAGAACUACUUAUCAAUAGUAUGCGUAUUGUUAUUCGAUUGCUAAUUUUGUGUAAGUCACAAUUAGUAGGUAUAGUUUAUAUAUACUUAUGUGUCAAUUCUUAUAGCAUUUUAUUACAUUAACAGAAAUGAUAGCUAGUAAGUGUUAAAGAUUUCCAGGAAUAUAUUAUUGAGUUGUUUAAAAAUUUCCUAUGUUUGUUUACGAGAAUUUAAGUUCGUUAUUUCUCAAGUAUAAGGCCACCUCUUUGCUAUAUUAUAUUUAAGAGAUAUUGUACCUAACGUUUUAAGUUUUUCUUCUAUAAUUCGUAGCUCAUUAAGACGGAGUCGACUUGAAAUUCCUAUUGCUCGUGUUUUGUCCUGCUUUGUGAAUUUAAAAAACAACGAAAAAAAAGCAAAUUGUAUUUUUAAGAUUUUCCGCUUUUAUCAACAAUAAAUAGGCUGCAGGAUUAUUUCUGAUAGCGGCACAUUGAUCACACAUUAAUCAUUUUUUAAGUUAAAUAUCUAAAUAUAGUAAAGUUGAAUGUGAAAUACUUAUGUUAUGUAUCUUAAAUUUGUUUUAUUACAAUACCUACUGUUUGCAAAGUGUAGUUAUAUUAAUGCUCAGCGCGCCUUUUUAUUAAAAGGUAAUUUAAUUGACUUUCUAAAAGCAGAAGUAAAGAACUAAAAUAUAAUCGUUAAAAAUAGUAGAGUCGCUAGACUUCAAUUUGAUAUAGAUGAAAUUUCGUAAAAUCAACAACAAUUGUGCUUUGUAUUCUCAAACUAUUCGAUGUUGCUUCGCGUUAAAUAAUGUGAAACAUUAUUAAUGUUUAUAGACUUUAUUAUAACUCUAUUAUUUUAAAAUGUUGUCUUAUACUUGUUUUAUUAAAAAUAGAUUGAUUAGUACGUAACAUUUUUUGUUCUUGUAUUUUGUAAAAUUAUUAUGAAAUUGGUAUAAAAUGAAUCGUAUGAACAGCAUUGUUUCAUCAAUUAAGACGUGAAAAUUGUACCUAUUUAAUAUUAUUCAUGCAUUAUUAUUGUGGUUACAUAACAUUAUAACUGUAUAUUGGAUACCAGUGAGAUUCUGAACACAUGUAAAAUUCAAGUUAGAUUGGUUUUAUAGUUAUAUUCUGUACGUAGGUUAUCAAUCUGAAAUUCUCUUAUAAUUAUAAAAUAAACGGUGUUUU